AUGGAGGGAACAACGGUCAACCUACCACUAGGAAGCAUCACAGUUGCUCGCAAACACUCGCCCUUGUCGCUCGAACUGACAGCCUCUUUCCUCAUUAACUCCGAAACGAUCACUUUGGGGUUGAACCAGUUAACUGCGACCGGCUUGUUCCAACACUCCAAAGACGGAAAUCUAUGGAUGGCAAAGUCGGGGUCUUGCCAGCUGGUCUUCAAGACAUUCAUCAAUGGCCAGCUACCAGAUCCAAACGUGAUCAAUCCAGCUAUUAUCUCAUCUCUCAUCGGCAUGGCUGCUGAGUGCCCGGAUGAAGACGAAAAGACCGAGACUUCGUACUUUCUCUGCCACCCCGAUCUCUCGUCCGAGACGAUUGUACCGCCCCCAGUGACUUGCGUCAAGUUCAAAGGCUUAGUGUGCAAGAUCAAUCUCCAGAUUGAUGCAUCGUGGAGGGCCGGUGGACGUAGACGACCGUCAACAAAAGCCAAUGAAGAGCCCAUCCAGGUCGAACCUGAGCCUCCCGUGGCUGAAGAGUCCGGACCUGGCAAGCGAAGAAACCCACGGUGGAUCACGAGGGCUGCAAACGUCAAGUAUGCGGACACUUCGCGACAACCAGACAGGAAAGCUCGCCUAGACACUCAACCUGACUCGACAAACUCCGAGUCGGAUGCGGUCAUCCUACUCUCGAUUUCGAAAGAGGAACAGAAGGAGAUGGCGCUGUUUCUGGAUGUGGCGCUCCGGAAGCUGAUAGGAGUCAAACACACGUCCCCUGGGGUAAAGAUCACUGAGGACACACAAUUUCCCUCGCUGAUUGAGAUUGCGCCGGCGGUAUGGAAUAUUCGCUAUUUACAGUCUAUGACAGCACAUGCAAAGACAAUCCCAGCAAUUUCCAACGGAAUAGCCAGGUUGCGCAAUGCCCGGUCAGCAACGCUGAGGGAGAAAGUGAACAGGCUGCUGGGAGCUGAAGCUGUCAGUAGUACCCCAAGCCACCCAGACAAUCUUGAAGACGGAAUCAGAAAGGAGGUCGAGAAGCGGCUGUGGUUGUUAUGCCAGACGAGUAUCCGUGUCGAGCCUAUUGUCAAGAACAGCAAGCGGAAAGUCAAGGGCGAUGGGGAAGUCCCAGCAGAUACACUCGAGGAGGAGAUACUGGAGAAGUUUACUCAACUGACUGAAGAUGGCUGGGCGAACCAUCAUCAUUCGUUUUUGGCUUAUGACUACCCUUUUGAUCUUUUCGAGGAAGGCACAGACACAGAUAUGGAGACGGACACAGACGCGGUUGAGUACGAGUAUCAAUACGAGCUGGGAAAUGCCACCCUUUUGGAGGAUGGCGAGGGGUGGUUGUCCGAGGAUCACACCGAGGAAGAAACAUAUGGCGAGAGCGAGCUCGAUCUCGGAAAUGAUGAUAGAGAGGUCAUGGCACUCUACGAACCUCAUCCGAGUUCUGAAGGUGACUACGUCUAUGCAGAUGGGCUCGGAAACCUUCAUCCGAUUCCGAGGCAUCAAGCAAUACAGGCUGGUCAGAUAGACGGUCUAGCGGGUGAUGAGCUGCCUUUUGAAGAGGAGUACUAUGAAGAAGAGUUUGGGGAUGCGGAAGAGUAUUUAGGAGGAUAUCUACAAUGGGAUUUUGCAUAA